AUGUCUUUGACACCUCCUCAGUCCAUUGAUAAUGCUGCAGCGAAGGGCCGCCCUCAUCAACGUCCUCGAGUGUCCUUGCAGCCGGGACGGAGCCUCAUGGACUGGAUAAAUUUGAGCGCUAAAAAUUUACGUUCCUUAGUGUUUCAACGGUCCGUCACCGCUGAAGAACUUUCUAGCCAUGAUACUGAAAAUGAUUGUUGGAUUUUACUAGGUGAUCAUGUGUACGAUGUCACCAAAUAUAUUCCGUUUCAUCCUGGUGGUAAUGACGAACUGUUACGUGCGGCUGGUUGUGAUGGAACAGCAUUGUUCUCUGAAAUGCACGCUUGGGUAAACUAUGAAGCUUUACUGAAAUCGUGUUGUGUUGGGAAAUUUACUGGUGAUCGCAAUAAAUUGACAAAACCAAAAGAUUAUAGCAGCAACGGAAAUAAUAGCACGAAUAAGAAUGCUGCAGGAACCAGUACUGAUGUUCAGUCAUUAGAAGUCGAUAAAUAA